AUGAGAUUAAAAGUCGGGUUUAUUCUUCGUAGUUUGCUAGUAAUCGGUACAUUUCUGGGACUGGUCGUGCUCUGGUCAUCUCUGUCACCUAAACCAGAAGAUGAAACUCCAUUCGCUAAGCAGGGAGAAAAAGACGCGCCAAACCCUGUACCAAAUCUCCCCAACGAGGUGGAAGAUAAGUUCAAGGCCGUGGUGCCCUGGCCACAGGUGGAGGGAGUGGAGGUAGACCUGGAUGCCAUCAGGCAAAAAAACGCAGUAGACAACCUGAACCCAAAAUUCAAGGCCCAGGACCAGCAGAACAUCAUUCAGAAGCAGUACGUCACCUUUAAGCCUCACACUAAUCGCUACUCGGACCCUGUUCUGAUGAAGGGGAGCCUGGGCAACUUCGAGCUCAAAGGUCCCGAACCUCCAGGGGUCCCUGGAGGACCUGGGGAGGGUAGCAAGCCCUUCGUUUUGGGAGAGGAGUAUAAAGACUCGGUGCAAUCCAGCAUUAAGGAAUUCGGCUUCAACAUGGUGGCCAGCGACAUGAUAUCACUGGACAGGACCGUCAAAGACCUGCGGCAUGAGGAGUGUAAGUACUGGCACUAUAAUGAGAACCUGCUGACAUCGAGUGUGAUAAUAGUGUUCCAUAAUGAAGGCUGGUCCACUCUGAUGAGGACCGUACACAGCGUCAUCAAGAGGACGCCCCCCAAGUACCUGGCCGAGAUCGUCCUGAUCGAUGACUUCAGCAACAAAGCUCACCUGAAAGAGAGACUAGAGGAAUACAUAAAGCAGUGGAAUGGGCUAGUCAAGCUCUUCCGCAAUGAGAAAAGGGAAGGACUGAUCCAGGCCAGGAGUAUAGGAGCACGCAAAGCCACUGUGGGACAGGUGUUGAUCUACCUGGAUGCUCAUUGUGAAGUUGGGAUAAACUGGUACGCUCCGCUGGUGGCCCCCAUAUCCAAGGACCGAACGGUGUGCACGGUGCCUCUGAUUGAUUCCAUUAAUGGGGAGACUUACUCCAUCGAGCCCCAGGGCGGUGGGGACGACGAUGGCUUUGCCCGAGGAGCAUGGGACUGGAGCAUGCUGUGGAAACGAGUCCCGCUCGGUAGCCGAGAGAAGCAGAUGAGAUUAACUAAAACUGAGCCCUAUCGGUCUCCUGCUAUGGCUGGUGGGCUGUUCGCUAUAGAGCGAGAUUUUUUCUUCGAGCUCGGCCUCUAUGACCCUGGUCUGCAGAUCUGGGGAGGAGAGAAUUUCGAGAUCUCGUAUAAGAUCUGGCAGUGUGGAGGACAACUACUGUUUGUUCCAUGCUCUCGCGUGGGACACAUCUACCGUCUGAAGGGCUGGCAGGGCAACCCGCCCCCGGCCCAUGUAGGCUCUUCACCGACACUUAAGAACUACGUGCGUGUGGUGGAGGUCUGGUGGGACGACUAUAAGGAUUAUUUCUACGCCAGCCGCCCUGAGACGCUCACUCUGGCUUACGGAGACAUCAGCGGCCUCAAGAAGUUCAGGGAGGAGCACCGCUGCAAGAGCUUCAAGUGGUUCAUGGAAGAGAUUGCUUACGACAUCCCCACCUAUUACCCCCUGCCUCCUAAAAACGUUGAAUGGGGAGAGAUCCGUGGCUUUGAGACGAGCUACUGCAUAGACAGCAUGGGCCACACCAACGGAGGAAAUGUGGAGAUCGGACCCUGCCACAGAAUGGGAGGAAAUCAGCUGUUCAGAAUAAACGAAGCAAACCAGCUGAUGCAGUACGACCAGUGUCUGACCAAGGGUUCAGACACCUCCGUCAUCAUCACACACUGCAACCUGAACGAAUUCACAGAGUGGAGGUACUUUAAGGAUCUGCAUCGCUUCACACACGUACCCUCUGGACAAUGCUUAGACCGUUCAGACGUCCUACACACAGUCUUCCUCUCCGACUGUGACAACGGUAAGACCACGCAGCAAUGGGAAAUGAACAAUAUUAUGGCGGUAUGAACCCGAUGACGUGCUCAUGAAGAACUCGCAGCCCCCUGAUUUCCUCCUGCAGGAAGGGUUAACCAUGUAAAUAUGUCUGAUGAGGACGUUUUGCAUUUUCACGUCGCACCAGCCAUGACCAUAGUGUUGUUCUAUUUUGAGAUAUAGAUGUGUAUAUUUUUGCUCCAUUAUUGAGCAUGUUUACAGACGUUCAUCAGUCUUCAUGAUGAUUUUAGUCCUUUAGUGUUAAAGGAGGAAGUACAUGAAUGAUACAGUACCACUGUUUUUACUCAUCACUGCUCCAUUAUACUGUAUAGUUUAGGGUUUUUUAAUGACUCGUCAUCCUUCUUUUGAUAAGACUUGAAGCUCCAGUGUUCCUGUCUUUGGCACAUCUGGAAGAAGCUGCUUUUUCACGCUGUGGGGGAAAUCAUGGUAAAUGGGUUUAUAAACAAAGGGUGAUGAUGAUAAAUGAGGAUUAUAUAUAUUUAUUUUUUAUAUCGCAUCGAUGAGUGUUUGGAAUCGAUAAUGUUUCUUUUGUAUGUAAAUUCUGCUCAGAUUUACUGGAUAAUAUUACCAGAGCAAAAGGAUCCUCACAGUCUUUGCUAUUUUUUUGUACAAUGUAAAAACAGUCAUUUCUGAAUUAACAUUUUGAGAUACAGUGAGCCUGAUCAAUGAUGGUGUAAAUAUCUUAACUUAUAAAGUUAUAUUGCCACUCUUAUCUCAAAAGAAUAAAUGGGAAAAUAUUUUUA